CGGCCGCCCCGCCCCGCCCCGCGCGCUCGCAGACCCCCGGGGCGGCUGCCGGGAGAGAUGCUGGAAGAAACUUCUUAAAUGACCGCGUCCGGCUGGCCGUGGAGCCUUUCUGGGUUGGGGAGAGGAAAGGAAAGUGGAAAAAAACUGAGAACUUCCUGAUCUCUCUCGCUGUGAGACAUGUCUGAGACUCCUGCUCAGUGUAGCAUUAAGCAGGAACGAAUUUCAUAUACACCUCCAGAGAGCCCGGUGCCCAGUUACGCCUCCUCGACUCCGCUUCAUGUUCCAGUGCCCCGAGCGCUCAGGAUGGAGGAAGACUCGAUCCGCCUGCCCGCGCACCUGCGCUUGCAGCCAAUUUACUGGAGCAGGGAUGACGUAGCCCAGUGGCUCAAGUGGGCUGAAAAUGAGUUUUCUUUAAGGCCGAUUGACAGCAACACGUUUGAAAUGAAUGGCAAAGCUCUCCUGCUGCUGACCAAAGAAGACUUUCGCUAUCGAUCUCCUCAUUCAGGCGAUGUCCUCUAUGAACUCCUUCAGCAUAUUCUGAAGCAGAGGAAACCUCGGAUUCUUUUUUCACCAUUCUUCCACCCCGGAAACUCUAUACACACACAGCCGGAAGUCAUACUUCAUCAGAACCACGAAGAAGAUAACUGUGUCCAGAGGACCCCAAGGCCAUCAGUGGAGAGUGUGCACCACAACCCUCCCACCAUUGAACUGUUACACCGUUCUAGAUCACCCAUCACAACAAAUCACCGGCCUUCUCCUGACCCCGAGCAGCGGCCCCUCCGGUCCCCCCUGGACAACAUGAUCCGCCGCCUCUCCCCCGCCGAGAGGGCCCAGGGACCGAGGCUCCACCAGGAAAACAACCACCAGGAGUCCUACCCCCUAUCAGUGUCUCCCAUGGAGAAUAAUCACUGCCCACCAUCCUCUGAGUCCCACCAGAAGCCAUCCAGCCCCCGGCAGGAGAACACACGCGUGAUCCAGCUGAUGCCCAGUCCCAUCAUGCACCCUUUGAUCCUGAACCCCCGGCACUCCGUGGAUUUCAAACAGUCCAGGCUCUCCGAGGACGGGCUGCAUAGAGAAGGGAAACCCAUCAACCUCUCCCAUCGGGAAGACCUGGCAUACAUGAACCACAUCAUGGUCUCCGUCUCCCCGCCCGAGGAGCACGCCAUGCCCAUUGGGAGAAUAGCAGACUGUAGACUGCUUUGGGAUUACGUCUAUCAGUUGCUUUCUGACAGCCGGUACGAAAACUUCAUCCGAUGGGAGGACAAAGAAUCCAAAAUAUUCCGGAUAGUGGAUCCCAAUGGACUGGCUCGACUGUGGGGAAACCAUAAGAACAGAACAAACAUGACCUAUGAGAAAAUGUCCAGAGCCCUGCGCCACUACUACAAACUAAACAUUAUCAGGAAGGAGCCAGGACAAAGGCUUUUGUUCAGGUUUAUGAAAACCCCAGAUGAAAUCAUGAGUGGCCGAACAGACCGUCUGGAGCACCUUGAGUCCCAGGAGCUGGAUGAACAAAUAUACCAGGAAGAUGAAUGCUGAAGGAACCAACCCCCCACCUCCGCGGGCCGGCAGCCGAGGGAAGCCCUGCCCACCAGGAUUGCUGGAGGCGUGAUGGAGCAGGCGGGCUGAGGAGAGCGAAGGAAGAGACCCCGAAAUGGGAGUGACGCUUCUCUUGCGUACCAGGAGGGACCCCAGAGCACCUUAGACAAACCAGCCAGCAAAGGCGGGGCUGGAGUUCUGGCCGAGGGCACGAGCCCGGGACUCGAGUUUCACGUUUCCUACCCACUGGGAAUCUCUCCAUCUGUAAUUCCUCACCCUCACCCUUCCACCUGUUGUUAGUUUCAUGGUGUUUUUGUUUUUGUUUUUUUAAGAACAUGCAGUUUGACUUUUCAGCAUUCAUACAGGGGAAGACAUCGAGGUUGUUUUCCUAUGGAAAUAUAUAUCUAUUAUAUAUAUAUAUUUUUUGCAAAUCUCACGAAGUGCGGCAAGCCCAGCUGGUCAGGAAAGAAUACUUGCAAAAGGGUUCAGGUUCCUCUUUAUCCUGCCGCGUGGAUCGGGUUUGUUCCUGUUGCUGUUGGGUCUUGGCUGGGGG